AAUUGAGCAUCGUCACAUUUUUCUCUUCACCCAUAUAUGGAUAAGAAAAAUGUCAAGAGGAAAAAAUCAUUCCGAAUGGGGUUUUAGGAUGCUGCAUCUUAGGGCACCCAUCCCCAUCGCAAAACCCUAAUACCAGCAUCAGUCUCGCAAAGUAGCUCAAGCAAAGCAGGUAAUUCUCCUACAGCUCUCUCCCUCUCUCUCUCUCGCGAAGCUUAGCAUAUAAAUUUUCUCAAAUAUGGAAGCCAAACUCUUGUUUUCUUCGCAAAAACCGCCAUUGUUCACUUAUAAACCUCUCUUUGUCUCAUACCGUUCUCCUUUCGUUGACAAGCCCCAAUCUUUUUUGAAAUCCAAUCUUUCGCUGGCAACAAUUCACACCGAGAAGUCUGAAUUUUGGGGCUCAAGUUUGGUUUCAAAUCAGAAAACUGGUUUUGUGGAAAAAUGGAGAAAAUCCCAUGUGCGUUUUGCUCCAAUAAGAGCUGUUGUGAAGAGAAGGAAAGAGCUUCCAUUCGACAACGUUAUUCAAAGAGAAAAGAAGCUCAAAUUGGUAAUGAAGAUAAGGAAGAUUCUUUUAAGUCAACCCGAUAAAAUCAUGACUCUCAGGCAGUUGGGUAGGUUCAGAAGGGAACUGGGUCUCACCAAAAAGCGUAGAUUCAUUGCUUUGUUGAGAAAAUUCCCAGCUGUGUUUGAGAUUGUAGAAGACGGUGCUUAUUCAUUGAAGUUUAAAUUAACUCCCGAAGCAGAGGGGCUUUACUUGGAGGAGUUGAGAAUUAGCAAUGAACUAGAGGAUUUGUUGGUUGUUAAGCUGAGGAAGUUGUUGAUGAUGUCAGAGGAGAAGCGGAUUCUCUUGGAGAAAAUUGCUCAUCUCAAAACUGAUUUUGGGCUUCCUUUUGAAUUUCGUGAUACAAUCUGCAAUAGGUACCCACAGUACUUUAGAGUUGUUCCAACAGGUCGUGGUCCGGCAUUAGAACUAACUCACUGGGAUCCUGAGCUUGCUAUAUCAGCAGCUGAGUUAGUGGAGGAGGAUAAUCGUGUUAAAGAGCUUGAAGAGAAAAACUUGAUUAUUGAUAGACCAUUGAAGUUCAAUAGGGUGAAGUUACCUAAGGGUCUCAAUCUUUCGAAGGGGGAGAUGAGAAGGAUUUGUGAGUUUAGAGACAUGCCCUUUAUAUCCCCUUAUUCAGAUUUCUCAGGAUUUAGAUCAGGUACAAGGGAGAAGGAAAAACAUGCUUGUGCUGUGAUUCAUGAGAUUUUGAGCCUCACCAUUGAGAAGAGGACCCUUGUGGAUCAUCUCACCCAUUUUCGAGAGGAGUUCAGAUUUUCUCAACAAUUGAGGGGGAUGGUUAUACGACAUCCUGAUAUGUUUUAUGUGUCUUUGAAAGGGACCAGGAACUCAGUCUUCCUUAGGGAAGCUUAUCGUGACGGCCAAUUAAUUGAUAAGGAUCGAAUGUUGAUUAUCAAAGAGAAGCUUCGUUCUCUUGUUUCUGUUCCUAAAUUCCCAAGGAGGGGUGUUCCAAGGAUCGAAUCUGAUGCAGCUGAUAGGACUGAUGAGCAGGAGGAUGAAAGUGGCGAGGAGGGAGAAGAAUGGUCUGAUAUCGAUAAUUAUGUGACUGGCGAGGAUGACGACGACGAUGAUGAAGACGGGGAUGAUUGGAGUGAUGAAGAUGAUGAUUUGCCCCCAGAUUUUAAUGAUGACGAUGAUAGAACUGUGAAGAUAGGACUGAGCCAAUCGACCAACAAGGCAGGUAGCACUGUGACAAAGGAAGAAAAGGUGCUUGUUCCUAUGUAUCCUGAUGGUCGGCCUAGGGAUCGUUGGUGAAACAGCUGAUUUGCCUUACAUUUGAAGGCUUCUAUAUGAGGAUAUCAACCCUGGAGGAUUACAGAAUUCUGAUUUUCUUGGGUGGAAGAAUGUACUUAUUUACUUGCACGAUUGGGCAGCCUUUUAGUAAUGUCAGGUUCAUACUUCUCCCAGAGUCCCAGAAGUGCUUGCCCCAAGUGUCAAAGAUCAAUCACACAUUCUCUGUUGUCCUCACCUUUGUGUACAAGGUUUGGAAACUGGUUUCUCAAAAUUAUGAAUCACUAAGCUGACAAUAAGGGUGUGAUGUAUGCUUGUAGUCUGCUUGAUGGCUUUGUUAAUUAUGAAUCUUUUUUGGUAAUGAUUUAUGCAACUAUAUAUCAUGUUCUUGACU